CGCCUCCAGCACGCUCAGCCGGCGCAGGAACGUCCGGCCCUUUCACGUCAGCCGCGGCAAUUUGGCGGUGGCGGCAGAAGUGAACCGAGCGGUUCCCGCGGCUGAUUUCAGACCUGUCCACAAGAAGUGAGCUGGCAAGGCUGCUUUUCACCACUAAAACUAAUGAGCUGAUUGGCACCAUGAAGGUCUUCUGUGGACGGGCCAAUCCCGUCACAGGAUCUGUGGAGUGGCUGGAGGAGGAUGAGCACUAUGAUUACCAUCAGGAGAUUGCCAGAUCUUCUUAUGCUGAUAUGCUGCAUGACAAAGACAGAAAUCUAAAAUACUACCAGGGUAUCCGGGCUGCUGUGAGCAGGGUGAAGGACAGAGGACAGGAGGCCUUGGUUCUCGACAUAGGCACUGGCACAGGGCUCUUGUCGAUGAUGGCGGUCACGGCCGGUGCCGACUUCUGCUAUGCCAUUGAGGUCUUCAAGCCUAUGGCUGAUGCUGCUGUGAAGAUUGUAGAGAAAAAUGGCUUCAGUGAUAAGAUUAAGGUUAUUAACAAGCAUUCCACAGAGGUGACUGUAGGGCUAGAUGGUGACAUGCCAUGCCGUGCCAACAUCCUGAUCACGGAGCUGUUUGACACAGAACUGAUUGGGGAGGGAGCGCUGCCCUCCUAUGAGCAUGCGCACAGGCAUCUUGUGCAGGAAAAUUGUGAAGCGGUGCCUCACAGAGCAACUGUCUACGCUCAGCUUGUGGAGUCCAGAAUGAUGUGGUCAUGGAACAAGCUUUUUCCCAUUCAUGUUCAGACCAGACUUGGAGAGCAGGUCAUCGUCCCCCCCUCGGAACUAGAAAGGUGUCCUGGCGCACCCUCUGUCUAUGACAUUCAGCUGAACCAGGUGUCACCCACUGACUUCACUGCCCUCAGCAGCGUGCUGCCUAUGUUCAGUGUGGACUUCAGUAAGCAAGUCAGCAGCUCAGCAGCCUGCCAUGUCAGGCAGUUUGAACCUCUGGCAUCUGGUCAAGCUCAGGUGGUUCUCUCCUGGUGGGACAUUGAAAUGGACCCUGAGGGGAAGAUCAAGUGCACCAUGGCCCCCUUCUGGGCACACUCAGACCCACAGGAGCUCCAGUGGCGGGACCACUGGAUGCAGUGUGUGUACUUCCUGCCACAAGAGGAGCCCGUCAUCCAGGGGUCAGCCAUCUGCCUGGUAGCGCAUCAUGAUGACUACUGUGUGUGGUAUAGCCUUCAGAGGACCAGCCCUGAAAAGAAUGGGAGAGUUGACCCAGUGCGCCCUGUGUGUGACUGCCAGGCUCACCUGCUCUGGAACCGGCCUCGGUUUGGAGAAAUCAAUGAUCAGGACAGAACUGAUCAGUAUGUCCAGGCACUGAGGACGGUGCUGAAGCCAGACAGUGUCUGCCUAUGUGUGAGUGACGGCAGUCUGCUCUGCAUGCUGGCCCAUCACCUCGGGGCAGAGCAGGUAUUUACAAUGGAGAGUUCAGCAGCUUCUCAUAGACUGAUGAAAAAAAUUUUCAAGGCUAACCACUUGGAAGAUAAAAUUAAUGUAAUAGAGAAACGGCCUGAAUUAUUAACAUCUGCAGACUUGGAGGGUAAAAAGGUCUCUCUACUCCUGGGUGAACCAUUCUUCACCACCAGCCUGUUGCCGUGGCACAACUUAUACUUCUGGUAUGUGCGGACUGCUGUGGACCAGCACCUCGGGCCUGGCGCUGUGGUGAUGCCCCAGGCUGCCUCGCUGCAUGCUGUGGUUGUGGAGUUCAGGGACCUAUGGCGGGUCCGGAGCCCCUGUGGCAACUGUGAAGGCUUUGAUGUGCACAUCAUGGAUGACAUGAUCAAGUGUGCCCUGGACUUCAGGGAGAGCAAGGAAGCCGAGCCCCACCCGCUGUGGGAGUACCCAUGCCGCAGCCUCUCUGAACCCCAGCAGAUCCUGACCUUUGAUUUUCAGCAACCAGUUCCCCCACAGCCUCUCCGUGCUGAGGGCUCAAUUAAGCUUAGCAGGCCCGGGAGGAGCCACGGGGCCGUCCUGUGGAUGGAAUACCACCUGACCCCAGGUAGCACGAUCAGCACCGGCCUCCUGAAGCCUGCAGAGGACAAGGAGGACUGUUGCUGGAACCCACACUGCAAGCAGGCCGUGUACUUCUUCAGCACCACGCUGGACCCUAGAGAGCUGCUGGGCAGCCCUCAGACAGUCAGCUAUGUUGUGGAGUUCCAGCCCCACACUGGAGAUGUCACCAUGGAUUUCACGCUUGCAGACGCCCUGGACGAUGGGCACUGACCCUCACUUGUUGAGAAAUAAAGUGGACUGAGAGGCUC